AUGUGUAUCAUGGAUACAUACACUGGCACUCUAGUCACUCUAAUACUAGCCAAUGUUGCCCUCUCAUCCUAUCGUCUUAAUGAUAAUAAUGAAGGAAGAGCAAGCCUGCGGGAAUUGACUAGCAGCGUUUCUGGGUUAUUCAGGGGUCAAGCUCAUGAUCAGCAACGAAAUAGCAAAAGACUUGCCCUGAUUUUCCUUCCUGUUUAUGCGCUUGCAAUGACUUCAGACUGGAUGCAGGGACCCUAUUUCUUCCCGUUAUACAAAGAAACUCUUCAGCUGCCUGAUCAUGUCAUUGCAACUCUCUUUGCCACAGGGUUCAUAUCUGGAGCCUUCAGUGCUUCAUUCGUUGGAAAGCUUGCUGAUAGGUUUGGGCGUCGAAAGGCCUGCCUGGCAUUCUGUGUGAUAUAUAGCCUAUCCUGCAUCGUGACAGUUUCAUCCUCGAAUGUCCUUAUUCUAUUCCUUGGGCGAGUUCUUGGUGGUAUAGGGACGACUCUCCUAUUCACUGUUUUCGAGGCUUGGCUUGUUGCUGAAUUUCAUCACAAGAAGGCCGCGAGCGAUUCAACGGAGCUAAACCAGCUAUUAGGAACGAUGACUGUCCUGAGUGGAAUGGUUGCAGUGUUAUCUGGGCUUCUCAGCAAUUACCUGGUCUCGAUCACGGGCUCAAGAAGAGCCCCGUUUCUUGCAAGUCCCGUCUGUCUCUUACUGGCCUCCUUGCUGAUUUUAGGGACAUGGAAUGAGAAUUAUCUGGGCAAUUGUGAUAACUCCGGGUCGGAGGCUACCGAAGGGCAACGUACUCAGCUAUCGACGAUAAUCAAGGGCAAGUAUACCCACACCAUGGUACUCGGGUUCAUCACAAUGAUAUCUGAGGGUUCUAUGUAUCUCUUCGUCGUUUUUUGGUCACCUGCAAUUAUUUCAGCCAGCAAAGAGGAUGGUAUCCCUGGUAGUCCGCCAUUCGGGGUUAUUUUUGCUAGCUUCAUGACUGCCAUGAUGCUAGGGUCUCAGAUAUCAUCUCAGCUGAUGGUCUCACCUCCUUCGCGGGAGGAUUCAUCGCCAACCCCCUCAUUGUCGUCGUCGCCAUCUACAGAGCCACAGAACCCUUCUUACGAUUUUGAUCACAUCAGUGUGUCCAGAUCCUCCUGUUUGCUUACUAUUCUUUUAUUCCUAGGAAGCAUGAGCUUGACAUGUGCCGUUGUAUUCCCAACCACGCUGCCCACACUCUGGGCAUUUUGCGUCUAUGAAUUCAGCAUUGGGUUGUACUAUCCAAAUAUGGGUGUACUCAAAAGCGUCUUAAUCCAUGAUAAGGAUCGAGCCGGGGUAUAUGCUUUAUUUCGAUUGCCGCUGAACUGCUUUGUUGUUGCCGGCCUGGCCUUCACUACAGAAGGUGAGACAUGCGUUCCAGACUGA